CGGAGGGGGCAGGACCGCCAGAGGCGGGAGCUGGCCUGGUUCUAGCCCACGUUCUACCGUGGUAGAUCCGGCUGGGUUCCGGCAGGCGAGGGCCUCGUGGGGAGGCUGGGCUGGUGAAGGGUUGCGGCGGCCAAAGGGGAUCUCGCUCCCUUCUUUCUCCCAUUCUUGGGGAUCUGCUCUCUUCAGUUCGUUAGUUUAUUCCUCUCACUUUUCGCCCGGCGAGUUGAGGGGAGUUUUUACUAGCGAGGAAGUUUCAGCUGGAGCAGGGAAUCCACUGGUGUUUUCGGCUUCUGGGAGGAGGCGAGCGGCUGCUUUGCUUCUGGCUUUGACUCCUCUGCACCUUAAAAGAUGCUGGAGUCAUAUGUGACUCCAAUUUUAAUGAGCUAUGUGAAUCGCUACAUCAAGAAUUUAAAGCCGUCAGACCUACAGCUUUCACUAUGGGGUGGAGACGUGGUUCUCAGCAAGCUCGAAUUAAAGUUGGAUGUGCUGGAACAGGAACUGAAAUUACCAUUCACUUUUUUAAGUGGACAUAUUCAUGAGUUGAGGAUCCAUGUACCCUGGACAAAACUGGGUUCAGAACCAGUAGUAAUUACCAUCAAUACAAUGGAAUGCAUUUUGAAACUUAAAGAUGGAAUACAGGAUGAUCAUGAAAGCUGUGGUUCUAAUUCUACCAACCGUAGUGCUACUGAGAACACGAAAUCAUCAGUAAAACCUCGAAGAAUUCAGCAGGCUGCUCCCACAGAUCCUGAUUUACCACCAGGUUAUGUGCAGAGUCUGAUUAGACGAGUUGUAAAUAAUGUAAAUAUUGUUAUAAAUAAUCUCAUACUAAAAUAUGUUGAAGAUGAUAUUGUUCUUUCAGUCAAUAUCACUUCUGCAGAGUGCUAUACAGUAGGUGAAUUAUGGGAUCGUGCAUUCAUGGAUAUUUCUGCAACUGAUCUGGUGCUGAGAAAAGUUAUCAAUUUUUCUGACUGUACAGUUUGUCUUGAUAAACGAAAUGCUAGUGGUAAAAUAGAAUUUUACCAGGAUCCUUUAUUGUAUAAAUGUUCCUUCAGAACUCGUCUGCAUUUCACUUAUGAUAACCUAAAUUCCAAGAUGCCAUCUGUUAUUAAAAUUCAUACCUUAGUAGAGAGUUUGAAACUUUCUAUCACAGAUCAACAACUGCCUAUGUUUAUCCGUAUAAUGCAACUUGGGAUUGCUCUUUACUAUGGGGAAAUAGGCAAUUUUAAAGAUGGGGAAAUGGAAGAGCCUACCUGUCACAAUAAAGAUAUGUUAGGAAACAUUACAGGUGUCGAGGAUGAAACGAGAAUAGAUAUGCAGUAUCCUGCUCAGUACAAAGGCCAAGACCUGUAUUCACAGCAAGAGGAUGAACAGUCACAGGGAUGGGUGUCGUGGGCCUGGUCAUUUGUGCCUGCAAUUGUGAGUUACGAUGAUGGUGAGGAAGACUUCCUUGGGAAUGAUCCUACAUCAACUAUGCAUCAGCAAAAAGCACAGACUCUGAGGGAUCCCAUUGUGUCUAUAGGAUUUUACUGUACAAAGGCAACUGUGACUUUCAAACUCACUGAAAUGCAAGCUGAGAGUAGUUAUUAUAGCCCUCAGAAAGUAAAAUCCAGAGAAGUAUUGUGUUGGGAACAAGAAGGAACUACAGUUGAGGCCCUUAUGAUGGGAGAGCCUUUCUUUGAUUGCCAGAUUGGUUUUGUAGGUUGCAGAGCCUUGUGCCUUAAAGGAAUUAUGGGUGUUAAAGAUUUUGAAGAGAAUAUGAAUAGAAGUGAAACUGAAGCCUGUUUCUUUAUUUGUGGUGAAAAUUUGAGUAUGAAAGGGUUGACAUAUCUUACAAAUUCAUUGUUUGAUUACCGAAGCCCAGAAAAUAAUGGUACUCGUGCUGAAUUUAUCUUGGAUGCAGCUCAUCAUAAGGAGAUAUACACUGAGAUAGCUGGAAUGCAAAGGUUUGGGGCUUUUUACAUGGAUUACCUGUAUACAAUGGAGAACAUCAGUGGCAAAGGUUCUGCAAGUCAACAAGACUUUUCUUCAGGAAAAAGUGAAGAUAUGGGAACGGUUCGGGAGAAAUCUACAAAAAGCCUUGUUAUAGGUCCUCUUGAUUUUCGUUUGGAUAGCAGUGCAGUACAUAGAAUUUUGAAAAUGAUUGUUUGUGCCUUGGAACAUGAAUAUGAGCCAUAUGGUGGGCUAAAACCAGAUAUUAAGGAUGAAAAUGAAACAAUACUGAAUCCUGAAGAAGUGGCGUCUUUGGAGGAAUAUAUUCCUACUCGACAUACAAGUAUUACUCUCCUCAAAUGUACCUUCACUAUUUUCAUGGCUGAAUUCAACUUGUUGGACCAUUUGCUACCCGUCAUUAUGGGAGAAAAGAACUCAAGUAACUUCCUGAAUGCUACAAACUUCCAGUCUCUUCGGCCUUUGCCAUCCAUUCAGAUAUUAGUGGAUAAAAUUAAUCUGGAACAUUCUGUGCCAAUGUAUGCUGAACAGUUGGUGCAUGUGGUCAGCAGCCUUACUCAGCCUUCUGAUAAUCUGCUUCAUUAUUGCUAUGCACACUGCUAUCUUAAGAUAUUUGGUUUCCAGGCAGGAUUGACGUCUUUGGAUUGUAGGGGAUCUUACUGCUUACCUGUACCUAUUAUUCCUUCUUUCAGCACUGCUCUUUAUGGUAAACUUCUGAAACUACCCACGUGCUGGACCAAAAGAUCUCAGAUUGCUGUAACUGAAGGUAUAUUUGAACUUCCAAAUCUCACAAUUCAAGCGACAAGAGCACAGACACUUCUGCUCCAAGCAAUAUAUCAAAGCUGGUCUCACAUUGGAAAUGUCAACUCUUUGUCAGUGAAUGAAGCUUUGAUGAAUGAAGUUUUCCAAACUAUAGGUGUGAAAUCUAAGAAUCCCCUGCCAACUCUUGAGGGCUCAAUCCAGAAUGUUGAAUUGAAGUACUGCAGCACAUCAUUGGUCAAAUGUGCCUCUGGGACCAUGGGAUCAAUAAAAAUUUGUGCCAAAGCCCCAGGUGACAGUGGAAAAGAGAAAUUGAUUCCUUUGCUUCAGGGUCCUUCUGACACUAAAGAUCUUCAUAGCAGCAAGUGGCUCAAUGAGAGUAGAAAGCCAGAAUCUCUCUUAGCUCCAGAUUUGAUAGCCUUCACAGUCCAAGUUCCACAGUAUAUGGACUACUGCCAUAAUUCUGAGCAUGGGAACAGUGUUGGGGAGGGGCAGAAGGAAAAGUUGAGAAUCUCCAGCAGACUCACUGCUGAGCAUGGAACCCCAGGUGCUGUACUUCUUUGUAGUGUACAAGGAGUAGCAGUUAAUAUUGACCCAGUCUUAUACACCUGGCUCAUUUAUCAGCCACAGAAACGAACCAGUAGACAUAUGCAGCAGCAGCCUGUCGUAGCUGUUCCUCUUGUUAUGCCAAUUAGCAGAAGGAAGGACGAUGAGGUGUCUGUUGGAAGUGCACCUCUGGCAAAGCAGCAGUCAUAUCAGGCCUCUGAAUAUGCCAGCAGCCCUAUAAAAACAAAAACAGUAACAGAAUCCCGACCAUUGUCAAUUCCUGUGAAAGCCAUGCUGAAUCUCUCUGAAGGCUGUCGAAGUCCUGAAGAAAGAAUGAAAGAAUUUAUUGGAUUAGUGUGGAAUGCAGUAAAGAGUCUCACACUACAGCUUGACGUACAGUCUUGUUGUGUGUUUGUUCCAAAUGAUAGCCUGCCUUCCCCAAGUACAAUUGUAUCUGGUGACAUUCCUGGAACAGUAAGAAGUUGGUACCAUGGACAAACCAGCAUGCCAGGAAUGCUUGUCCUCUGUUUGCCUCAAAUAAAGAUUAUUAGUGCUGGCCACAAGUACAUGGAACCUCUGCAGGAGAUUCCAUUUGUCAUUCCACGACCCAUCCUCGAAGAAGGUAAUGCUUUUCCUUGGACUAUCAGCUUGCAUCAUUUCAGCAUGUAUACCCUUUUUGGUAAACAAGUGACACUUUGCCUAGUGGAACCAAUGGGUUGUACCUCUACUCUAGCUGUUACAUCUCAGAAACUACUCGCUACAGGACCUGAUACAAGGCAUUCAUUUGUCGUCUGUCUCCAUGUUGAGCUAGAGUCACUUCAGAUAAAAUGCUCGAACCCUCAGGUGCAGCUCUUAUAUGAGCUAACUGAGAUCAUGAAUAAGGUCUGGAAUAAGAUUCAGAGGAGAGGCAAUCUCAGUCCUUCCUCAGCCUAUCCGGAAACCAUGGCAGGGCCGGCUCCUGGUUCUCCGGUGAGAAGCAGCGUAGGCACAAUUCCUCCAGAUACCAGCACAUGCAGCCCAUCUGCUGAGGUUGGAACUACUACUGAGGGAGAUUCUAUACAAGCAGGUGAUGAUUCACCAUUUUCAGAUUCUGUGACUUUGGAACAAACUACAAGUAACAUUGGUGGAGCCAGUGGACGGAUUAGUCUGUGGAUGCAGUGGGUGCUCCCUAAAAUUACUAUAAAACUCUUUGCUCCAGAUCCUGAGAAUAAAGGCACAGAGCUUUGCAUGGUCAGUGAACUAGAAGACCUCAGUGCUUCCAUAGAUGUUCAGGAUGUAUAUACCAAAGUGAAAUGUAAAAUAGAGAGUUUCAAUAUUGAUCACUAUAGAAGCAGCCUUGGGGAAGAGUGUUGGUCUCUGGGGCAAUGUGGAGGUGUCUUCCUUUCCUGUACCGACAAGCUGAACAGACGCACCUUGUUGGUUCGACCCAUCAGCAAGCAGGACCCUUUCAGUAAUUGCUCUGGCUUCUUUCCUUCUACAACAGCAAAACUUCUAGAUGGCUCUCAUCAGCAGCAUGGAUUUCUCUCUUUGACAUACACAAAAGCUGUAACAAAAAAUGUCCGCCACAAGUUAACAUCAAGAAAUGAGCGAAGAAGUUUUCAUAAGUUAUCUGAAGGUUUAACGGAUGGUUCCCCCCAUUUUCUUCAUGAAAUUCUUCUUUCAGCACAAGCUUUUGAUAUUGUCCUUUGCUUUCCUUUGCUUAAUGCCAUUGCAAGUAUAUUUCAAGCAAAACUACCAAGGACCCAAAAAGAGAAAAGAAAAUCUCCCGGUCAGCCCAUGAGGAGCCAUACAUUGACUUCACGCAGUUUACCUUUGAUUUAUAUCAACACAAGCGUAAUCAGAAUUUUUGUUCCAAAAAUAGAAGAAAUGCAGCCAAGUAUUGAAGUUAAUCAGGCAGCAAAAGAAGACACCAUGGUUUUGAAGAUUGGCUCUGUUGCUAUGGCUCCCCAAGCUGACAAUCCGCUUGGCAGAUCUGUCCUCAGGAAAGAUAUUUACCAGAGAGCUUUGAACUUGGGAAUUCUUCGAGACCCUGGAUCAGAAAUUGAAGACAGACAAUACCAAAUAGACCUGCAGUCCAUCAAUAUUGGUACUGCACAGUGGGAUCAACUAAAACCAGAGAAGGAAAGUGGCACAGGAGGGGUGCUAACCGAGAGUGAAAGAAAUUCUCAAAACCCAGCCCUUGAGUGGAAUAUGGCCAGCAGCAUACGGCGACAUCAAGAAAGAAGAGCAAUUCUGACUCCCAUUUUAACAGAUUUUUCUGUCCGAAUUACUGGAGCACCUGCUAUCAUUUUCACCAAAAUAAUUUCUCCAGAAAAUAUGCACACUGAGGAGAUUUUAGUGUGUGGCCAUUCCUUGGAAGUGAAUAUAACCACAAACCUGGACUUCUUCCUAAGUGUGGCUCAAGUUCAACUCUUACAUCAGUUAAUAGUAGCAAAUAUGAUUGGACUGGAACCAUCAAGCAAGGCCACAGAGAUCUCUAGACAAGAACAGAAAAAACCAGAUAUAUUUGACGGAAGCAUGGCUGAAACCUCCUCCCGGUACAGUGGCGCUCAGGAUAGUGGAAUCGGCAGUGACAGUGUUAAAAUCCGAAUAGUACAAAUAGAACAGCACAGCGGUACCAGCCAGCAUCGCAUCGCCCGUCCCUCACGCCAGUCGUCAAUCGUAAAAAAUCUCAAUUUUAUUCCCUUUGACAUAUUCAUUACUGCAAGUAGAAUCUCACUAAUGACCUAUUCCUGUACGGCCAUACCCAAAUCAAAAUCGCAAGAGCAUAAGGAUAAUGAAAAAACAGGCAAGAGUUCAUUAAAUCUCCCAGAAGUUGAUUCAGAUGUUGCUAAGCCCAGCCAGCCAUGUAUUUCUACCGUAACAGCGGAAGAUCUCUUGAGCCCCAGCGUAGCUUUUCCUUCGGGGAAAAAACUAGGGGUCAUCUCUCUUGAAAGUCUUCAUGCGGCCACAAGGUCAUCUGCUAGACAAGCACUCGGUAUAACUAUUGUUCGGCAGCCUGGACGGAGAGGAACCGGUGACUUGCAGCUGGAACCUUUUUUAUACUUUAUUGUGUCCCAGCCUUCUUUGCUUCUAAGUUGUCACCACAGAAAGCAGCGAGUGGAAAUAUCCAUUUUUGAUGCUGUGCUUAAAGGGGUAGCCUCUGAUUACAAAUGUACAGAUCCUGGGAAGACUCUGCCUGAAGCCCUUGAUUACUGCACAGUUUGGCUGCAGACAGUGCCUGGAGAAAUAGACAGCAAAAGUGGUAUUCCGCCAUCCCUGAUAACACUACAAAUUAAAGACUUUCUUAAUGGACCAGCAGACAUCAACUUGGACAUAUCAAAGCCUUUGAAAGCAAACCUGAGUUUUACCAAGUUGGAUCAGAUAAACAAUUUAUUAAAGAAGAUAAGAAGUACACACAGCAAAGAGACAUCAGCGCCAUUCACCUCACUGAAUAAGGAUGAGUUUCCAACCUCAAAAUGUUACCGUGGAAAAUUUUCAAAAUCUAAAGUUCAUGGUGAUGGAACACAGAAGAUUCCAUUUCAAGAAAACAUGUGGAGAACUGUUUCUUGCUUUCAGAAAGUUUCUGUCCAUACUACUCAGAUUGUGGUCUCCAUGGAAACUGUCCCCCAUCCUAGUAAACCAUGCCUGUUAGCAUCUUUGUCAACCCUCAGUGGAAGCCUUAAUGUCAAAGCAACACAGAAAAUACCUGGCGUAAUUCUUGGGUCUUCGUUUCUACUCAGCAUAAAUGAUUUUCUGCUUAAAACAAGUCUCAAAGAAAGAAAUCGGAUUCUGAUAGGACCAUGCUGUGCUUCUGCCCAUCUGGAAGCUAAGUGGUGUAAACACAGUGGCAAUCCAGGCCCAGAACAGUCCAUACCAAAAAUAACCAUUGAUUUAAGAGGAGGUCUGCUACAGGUUUUCUGGGGUCAAGAACAUUUGAACUGUUUAGUGCUUCUACAUGAAUUACUCAGUGGAUACCUCAACGAGGAGGGAAAUUUUGAAGUUCCUGAAGCAGUUCCACACAUGCCAUCUCCUGUGGAAAAGAACCAGAUGUUUCAAAGUGAACAAAGUUCGGAUGACCUACGGACAGGCCUGUUCCAGUAUAUACGAGAUGCUGAACCUUUGAAAAUGCCUGGUGUCUAUGAAGUCUUGUUUUACAAUGAAACUGAAGAUAGCUCAGGGAUGAUGUUAUGGAGAUAUCCAGAACCCAGAGUGCUCACCCUUGUACGGAUAACUCCUGUGCCCUUCAACACCACGGAGGAUCCGGAUAUUAGCACCGCAGACCUUGGCGAUAUGCUUCAGAUUCCUUGUAGUUUGGAAUACUGGGAUGAACUCCAGAAGGUUUUUGUUGCAUUUCAAGAAUUUAGUCUGUCUGAAAGCAAAGUUUGUGAGCUACAGUUGCCAGAUAUCAAUCUUGUGAGUGACCAAAAGAAACUGGUAUCCUCGGAUCUUUGGAGAAUUGUCCUGAACAGCAGUCAAAAUGGUGCUGAUGACCAAAGCUCUGCAAGUGAAUCUGGUUCUCAAAGCACUUGUGACCAACUGGUAACUCCAACAGCCCUGGCUGCCUGUACCAGAGUCGACUCCUGUUUUACUCCAUGGUUUGUCCCAUCUCUUUGCAUUUCCUUCCAGUUUGCUCACCUGGAGUUCCAUCUUUGUCAUCACCUUGAUCAACUAGGCACAGCUCCACCGCGGUACCUACACCCAUUUAUUUCUGAUAAAAAUGUGCCAUCUGAACUAGAAUACAUGAUUAUUUCCUUCAAAGAACCACACCUGUAUCUCCGGCAGUGGAACAACAGUCCUGUCUGUCAGGAGAUCCGGUUCUCAGCUCAGGCAGACUGUAAACUUCUCGAGUGCAGAAACGUCACAAUGCAAAGCGUGGUGAAACCCUUCGGCAUCUUCGGGCAGAUGGCCGUUUCCCGCGACGCGGGGGAGAAGCUGCUUGACUGCUCCAUCGUAGUGGACUCUGUCUUCGUCAGCUUUGGGCAAUACGUGGUUCAUUCUCUAAACACUGCAGUACAAGCUUGGCAACAGAACAAAUGCCCUGAGGUAGAGGAGUUGGUCUUCAGCCAUUUUGUGAUCUGUAAUGACACACAGGAGACACUGCGGUUUGGCCAGGUGGAUACUGAUGAAAAUAUUCUGCUGGCGAGUCUCCACAGUCACCAGUACAGCUGGCGCUCCCACAAAUCCCCACAGCUGUUACACAUCUGUAUUGAAGGUUGGGGCAAUUGGCGCUGGUCAGAGCCCUUCAGUGUGGACCACGCAGGAACGUUUAUUAGAACUAUUCAGUACAAGGGUCGGACUGCUUCCCUCGUCAUCAAGGUUCAGCAGCUCAGUGGAGUGCAAAAACAGAUUAUCAUCUGUGGAAGACAGAUCAUCUGCAGUUAUUUGUCUCAAAGCAUAGAACUGAAAGUCGUUCAGCAUUACAUCGGUCAAGAUGGACAAGCUGUCAUUCGAGAACAUUUCGACUGCCUCACAGCCAAACAGAAAUUGCCUUCAUACAUACUGGAAAACAGUGAACUGACGGAGUUGUGUGUAAAGGCCAAAGGAGAUGAAGACUGGUCAAGAGACGUGUGCUUGGAAUCUAAGUCCCCUGAGUAUAGCAUUGUCAUUCAGGUGCCAUCUUCAAACAGUUCCAUUUUUUAUGUCUGGUGCACAGUUUUGACAUUAGAACCCAAUUCUCAAGUGCAACAACGACUGAUUGUGUUCAGCCCUCUUUUUAUCAUGAGGAGUCAUCUUCCAGACCCCAUUAUCAUACAUUUGGAGAAAAGGAGUCUGGGAUUGAGUGAAACACAAAUUAUUCCAGGAAAAGGACAGGAAAAACCACUGCAAAACAUAGAACCUGACCUUGUGCAUCACCUAACAUUUCAAGCAAGAGAAGAAGAUGAUCCUUCCCACUGUGCCGUUCCCAUCUCAACCUCCCUCAUCAAGCAAAUAGCCACUAAGAUACACCCUGGAGGCACAGUUAAUCAGAUCCUUGAUGAUUUCUAUGGGCCAGAAAGUUCCCUUCAACCCAUGUGGCCCUAUAAUAAAAAGGAUUCUGACAGGAGUGAACAGCUGAGUCAGUGGGAUAGCCCAAUGCGAGUGAAGCUGUCAGUCUGGAAGCCAUAUGUUAGAGCCUUGCUGAUAGAGCUUCUACCCUGGGCCCUGCUCAUCAAUCAAUCCAAGUGGGACCUCUGGCUGUUUGAAGGGGAGAAGAUUGUUCUACAGGUUCCUGCUGGCAAAAUUAUUAUCCCUCCUAAUUUUCAGGAGGCUUUUCAAAUUGGAAUAUACUGGGCAAAUACAAACACUGUGCACAAGUCAGUAGCAAUUAAACUGGUCCAUAACCUGACAUCUCCAAAGUGGAAAGACGGAGGUAAUGGUGAAGUUGUGUCAUUGGACGAAGAAGGAUUUGUUGAUGCUGAAAUAAGACUUGGUGCUUUCCCAGGACAUCAGAAGCUAUGUCAGUUCUGCAUCUCCUCCAUGGUACAGCAGGGCAUACAAAUUAUUCAGAUUGAAGACAAGACCAUAAUAGUCAAUAAUAUGCCAUAUCAGAUAUUCUACAAGCCGCAGUUAUCUGUCUCCAAACCCCAGUCUGGAAAGGAGUAUUUUCAUGUUCCAGACAGUGCUACUUUUAGCAUUUGCCCAGGCGGAGAGCAGUCUGCUGUGACAUCCAGCUCCCUUCCUUGCUGGGACUUAAUGCCUGAUGUCAGCCAGUCACCACUGGACACAUCCCUGCUUCAGAAACAGAUCUUGCUGGCCUUUUCUCCUGCGGCAGGUGCCGCUGGCUCCCUGGGCUGGAGCCUGCCGGCCAUAGUUAGACAAGAGUUUCCCAGACAGAGUGUAGCAGUGCCCCUCAGAAACCGUGGGGACAAUGGCUUCUGCACCAGGGCAGUAGUACUGACAUAUCAAGAACACUGUGGAGUGACUUACUUAACCCUCUCUGAAGACCCUAGUCCUCGAAUAAUUUUCCACAACAGAUGUCCAGUAACAAUCCUUAUAAAGGAAAAUAUCAAAGAUAUUCCUAAGUUUGAGGUUUAUUGCAGAAGAAUUCCUUCUGAGUGCUCAAUUCAUCAUGAACUAUAUCAUCAGAUUUCCAGUUAUCCAGACUGCAAGACCAAAGACUUACUUCCCAGCCUCUUCCUGAGAGUGGAAUCUCUAGAGGACAUAACAAGCGAGUGGAGUGAUGCCAUUGACAUCAACAACCAGGGGACACAGGUUGUGUUCCUGACUGGCUUUGGCUACGUAUAUGUGGACAUUGUCCUCCAGUGUGGCACGGUCUUCAUCACUGUGGCCCCAGAAGGAAAAGUGGGAUCUGGUCUAACUACUACCAACAGAACUCUGGAGACGAUUGUGACACUGAAAAUGUUCAUCACUCAACUGAGCCUGGUGGUGUUUGAUGACCUGACUCACCACAGAGUGUCGUCUGAGCUCCUGAGACUCACGCUGGACAGUGUUUUCCUGCACGUGGCCCCCCUGGCCGGCGCCCUGCCCGGGGAAGAGGCAGCUGCUGCGCCGGUCCAGCUUCACUGUGUGGAGGUCUGCUGCGGGGACCUGCAGCUGGACAACCAGCUGUACAACAAGUCCAAUUUCCACUUUGCCGUGUUGGUCUGCCAGGGGGAGAAGACGGAGCCGCUGCUGUGCUCCCGGAUGCAGAGCCUCCUCGUGCCCAGCAGAGACCUCGAGGAGUACAAGAAGAACUGUUUUAUCAGACUCAGCCUCACCCUCGCCGAGGGCAAGAGCUGCUUCUUUGAGGACAUCAACGAAUUCCGUUUUGAACUGAAACCCGCCCGCUUAUACGUGGAGGACACGUUCGUUUACUACAUCAAAACGCUCUUCGAGACCUACCUUCCCGAGGGCUGCCUGGCGGCGCCCCCCGCAGCCCCGGGGGCCGGGGGGCAGGGGCUGCCCGCGCAGGUGGGCCAGCAUGCCCGGGCCCUGGCGCACCCCGUCAAGCUGCGGAGGCUGCUGAUCCAGCCCGUGAGUCUCCUCGUCAGCAUCCACGCGUCCCUCAAGCUCUACAUAGCGUCUGACCACACGCCGCUGGCCUUCUCCGUGUUCGAGCGCGGCCCCGUCUUCACCACGGCCCGCCAGCUGGUCCACGCCCUGGCCAUGCACUACGCCGCGGGCGCACUGUUCCGAGCAGGCUGGGUGGUUGGAUCUCUGGAAAUCCUCGGCAGCCCCGCAAGUUUGGUGCGAAGCAUCGGGAAUGGAAUUGCCGACUUCUUUAGGCUUCCGUACGAGGGGCUGACCAGAGGCCCGGGAGCCUUUGUGAGUGGCGUUUCCAGAGGGACAACAUCCUUCGUAAAGCACAUUUCCAAAGGUACCCUCACCUCCAUCACCAACCUGGCCACAAGCCUGGCACGGAACAUGGACCGCCUCUCGCUAGACGAGGAGCACUACAACCGGCAGGAGGAGUGGCGGCGGCAGCUCCCCGAGAGCCUGGGCGAGGGGCUCCGGCAGGGCCUGUCCCGGCUGGGCAUCAGCCUGCUUGGUGCAAUUGCUGGCAUAGUCGAUCAGCCUAUGCAGAACUUCCAGAGAACUUCUGAAGCUCAUGCUUCAGCAGGACACAAGGCCAAGGGUGUCAUCUCAGGUGUGGGGAAAGGAAUCAUGGGGGUGUUCACAAAACCCAUCGGAGGGGCCGCUGAGCUUGUGUCACAGACUGGCUACGGUAUUUUACACGGAGCUGGACUUUCUCAGCUUCCCAAACAGCGCUAUCAGCCAAGUGAUCUACAUGCUGACCAGGCUCCAAACAGCCACGUCAAAUAUGUCUGGAAAAUGCUUCAGUCUCUGGGCAGACCAGAGGUGCACAUGGCCCUGGAAGUCGUUCUGGUGAGGGGCUCCGGCCAGGAGCACGAAGGCUGCUUGCUGCUGACGUCGGAGGUGCUCUUCGUGGUGAGCGUCAGCGAGGACACACAGCAGCAGGCCUUCCCUGUCACAGAGAUCGACUGCGCCCAGGACAGCAAGCAGAGCAACCUGCUCACCGUGCAGCUCAGGCAGCCAAGAGUGGCCUGUGACGUGGAGGUGGACGGAGUCCGGGAGAGACUGUCGGAACAACAGUACAACAGACUUGUGGACUACAUCACAAAGACAUCUUGUCACCUGGCUCCCAGCUGCUCUCCCAUGCAGGCCCCGUGCCCAGUGGUGGCUGUGGAACCUCUCCCCUCCACUGUGAAAACAUACCAUUAUCUGGUUGAUCCGCACUUUGCUCAAGUCUUCAUUAGUAAGUUUACCAUGGUGAAAAAUAAAGCCCUGAGGAAAGGGUUCCCUUGAGUCCCCUCUAAGGUGGUGCUGGUCCUGCUUGUGCAAUUUAUUCUUGAAAAGAAAACCUAACUAGCUCUAGUAACAUCUAAUAUGGACACAAAGCCAGUACUUUACUAUAAUUAUAGGUAAUUUCCCAGCCUCUUCUAAAAUUAAUUCAGAUUCUUCUCCCUAAGAAAACACCUUAAAAUGCAAUGAUAAAAAAAACUUGUUCCUUUCCAAUUUGGAGGCCGUGAUUAAUGUUGUCAUCCCAUCACAUAAAUAUACUACCUUUUGCUGUUUAUGGUAUUUGCUAAAAUGUUUACUAUAAUUAAGAUCUGUUAACUCUGCUCUAACAAAAAAUGUGGUCAGGCCUUAGAAUGGAGAAACUGGUUAAAACUUCAUUCCCAACUGCAUCUGUUUCUAGGCUAAGACAGUCUUUUCCUUAUAUUCUCAUCUGCAAACAUUUGGAAUCUUUAAACGCUUAGGAUUUUAUUAACUUGUUAAAUUUAUUACUUAAAAUGUGAUGCUCUUCUUUAAGUGAAACCUGCUAUGCAUAUUCCUCCUUUAAAGCCUGCAGGUUACUGAAAUUUAUAAGACCUUCUCAUGACUGUCCAGGUACACUAGAAAAAAUGUUUUGCCAGUUAAUCUUUUAGCAAGCAAGCUUAUGUGUCUGCCAGAGAAAAGCGACCCAAAGGGCUCAGGUGAGUUUCUCUAGUUCCAUAAAGAAAAUGUGCUACUAGGAACUAACACCCUCUUGUGGAAGGGGUUUAGCAGAAGGAUAUUCAUACUGCCCUGGGGUACUACAGGGGAGUGUUAACCUUAACAGUGAACCAAUCCAAAGAGUUUAUUUUUAAUUCCUUAACCACAAAAUAUUUCCAAUGUGUGAUAUUAUUUUUCCAUUUUUAAGGAUGGGUUUUUUAUCAGAUCUUGGGUCACCAGAUAUCAUCUUUAAUAUUCAGUAAAAAUCUCACUCUGAUUAAAACACAUUUUUACUGAUUACAUCCCAAUCUGGAUCUAUAAUCUAUUAUGUACAAUUUUGAGAUGCUAAGAAAAUUCAAUUUCAAAUGCCUACUAACUUUUAAUCAAGUCUCACAUGUCAUCAGGCAUAAGAAGUCACUGUGUAAUUGUUUCUGGAAAGCAAGACUAUUUAUGAACAAUUCAGGCUAAAUAUGAAAAAAACUGAUUUUUCCAUUAGUUUCUUGUGUUAUACUCAUUUAGGAAAGUGACAGCUUUGUCAAUCUCAAGAAUUAACUAUUUUUAAGAAUGUAAAUAUGUAUUAAUUAAUGUAUCUUUUAUGGUCAUUUUGCAUACUACUUCUAAGAACUGUUACAUAAAUUGCUGAAAAUAAAAGGAAUCCUUGAAUUACUGA